AUGGACAAAUGGUAUGAGUCUUUCGAGGGAAUACUAGCUAUCCACCAGGACAAGUUUGUUACUGCUUCGGCACCAACACGUCAAAGUAUUUUGAAGACAAUACGUGAUCAGAUUGUCACAAAACACAAGUCACUGGAGGAUCCUGCUGCCUUGCCGAAGCCUUUAAGAAAGGCCAUUAGGCGCUACUAUCUCCAGUUCUUAACCGAUGAGGAUGAUAUUCAAGCUGAAGGAGAGUUCCUGGAAGAUGAACAGGACAAUGAAGCACUUGGUGUAUCCCCUGAGGAGAGGGAGAUGGCAGCUCGUCCAAAGGAUGCCGCAUUUUACAAGAAGGAAAUUACUGACUGGGAUGUUGCACAGAAGUUGUUCAAGCAGGAAAUCGACGACUAUGACAAGGAGGAGCAAUCAAAGUUGGGGGGAAAACAUUCGAUUAAAUUCCGUACAGGACACACGAGGGACUGGUUUAACAAUAUGACUCCUGCACAACGUGAGGAGGUAGAGGACGCGAAGGAAAAGUGGAAUAGGGAAGGCGCACCAGCAGAAGCACAGGCAAUGUAUCGGAAGAGGAACCUCAAAAGAGUCCUGGACUAUUUUACAGAACAAAUUUGUCAUACUAUGGGGUGUCAGGUUGUGAUGCUAGUCAGUCACAAAAAAAAAUCUGAUCAGACUCUAAGUGUCGUCGUCCAUGAGUCUAAGCCCUUGAAUGGCAAAAAAGUGUUCACACAAAGUUCUCGCAGCAACAAAGAAUGGACAUCUGAUGGUUUUACAAAAUUUGUGGAGUGGUCCAAGUCGGAAUUCUACCCUGAGGACUCUGAUGGAGUGUCAGACAAUGAGGACGACGAGGACGAUACCAAGGAUAAGUUGCCUGAACUUGUCUUAGACAAGACAGGCUAUGCAAAGCUUCCUUCAUGCGCUGGUAUCAAUGCGAAAGGACAGCAAGAAUUAGUCCGACGGAUCUUCCAUGCAUCGUACAGUGAGUUGAUGUCUGUUCGGUCAGCUUUGAUGGGACUUAAGGUUGGUUGGGUAGAAGUUUUCACUGACAGUACCAAGCCAGUACCUUGGCGUGAGGUUGUGGCUAAGCCAAGUUUGUACUUGGACCUGGAGUGCCUCCCCAAGGGUUUCUUGUUGAGGGAUCCCUCUCAUUUGAGGGCUGACGACAUCACCAAGCUGUGGGACCAUUGGGAAGUCAGACGGGCAGCCAAGCAAAGAUUGAUUAUUUUCCUUGCAGGCAAGCUUGCUGAUAUGAGCAAAGAGAGCCUGCAGAAUGCAGUUCCCUAUAAGGGGGACAAAAAGGUAUAUGUGGAAAUCAGUCAAGAAAACGAGGACGAUACCUCAGCCAAGCCACCUACGACACGUACCGAAGGGCCGGCCGGGACUAAGGCUGCCUCCAGUGCCUCGGCCAGCACACGCCCCACACCACGUACCAAAGGGCCGGCCGGGACCAAGGCUGCCUCCAGCGCCCUAGCCAGCACACGCCUUGCACCACGUACCAUCAGCCCAGCUGACGAUGACUCUUCAGAAGAUGACUUAGCCACAACAUCCUUUGCAGGACAUACAACAGGGCCGGCUGCUAGGCCAUCUGGCGCUCAAGAAGGAGCACCCGUGGCAGUUCCAAUGAAGGAUCGUGUGCAGUUCUUGAAGUCCCUGAGCAAUAAUGAUAAAUACCUGCUGUUGGUUGAAGGGGUCAGAGACUUGGAGAAGGGACCAAGCUCUGAAAAGCAAAGGGACUGGCCUACCUGGGCAACAUGGUCUUGGGAAGAAUCGUACCUUCCCAAUGCUGUGCACUCCGAAGAUGGUGUUGUAGAAAAUUUUUUGGACAUGAUCGCAUCUGCCAAGAUCACCAGCUUGCCCUCAGGAAUGCGCAUCACUUUGGGUCUCGGCUUACUGCUCAGGGAAUGUAAACGUGCUAUCAAGUAUGAGGUGGACGAAGCCCCUCACAACACCCCCACUUACCUUGGUGCCUCGACCUUAGAUAUCAAGAUCCUCAGCCUUGUUGAAGAUUUGGUUGAUACUGUCAGAGGUAGGAUGCUUCCAACGCUCAAGGGAAGGGAGGGUCAGCAACGUGCUGCAGGAGAGCAGGAGGAGAAGGAAAGGGAUCACGAGUUGGAGGUCAGGCAGCACCUGGAGGAAGAGUUGAGGAUGUUGGAGGAGGCAAAAUCAAGGAAUAAGAGGUUAAAGGAUGAUAUGCAGAAGCUGCAGGAGGAAACGAAGAAGCUCGUGGAGGAAAAUGAGUCCCUGGAGAGACAGAGAGUGGAAGUGGAGCACAAUGGUGAGUCGGAGGCAGAGGUAAGAGUGGAGGUGAAGGGGGAAAAAAGGAGCAAGUCGGGUGAAUCUGGAAAGCCACACAAGAUCACCAAGACUGACGACAUCCGUCGCUCUUCCAGAGCUAGGCUGCCCUCCAAGAAAGCAAUGAAAUAUUAG